UUAGUAAAUUCAAAGCAUAAAAAUUAUGCUACAAUUAGGUAAAAUUAGAUGUGUAUGCAAUCAUGAAACAGUUUUUCGAUUGCUCACUAGGUGGCUCUUCAUGGGUAGACGAAAAUGGCCAGUUUGGCGCUGCAGAAAAACUUAAUCUCUAUUGGAUAUGGAUUGGGAGCCCGUUCGGCAGCCAUUGCUGGAAUACAGCAGCAGCGACAUUCAUCGGACGUCCGUUUUCUCACAAGGCCUGAUGUAUCUGCUUUGAAAAGGGGUAGGGGUGGACGUUCAUCCUUCUCUGGAAUAGUAUGCACAAUUUUUGGUGCCUCUGGGUUUAUGGGACGAUAUAUAUGUAACCGUCUUGGGAAAACAGGUACACAGAUGGUAAUCCCCUACCGUGGUGAUCACUAUGAUGUGAUGCCCUUAAAGUUGGCUGGUGAUUUAGGACAGGUACUUUUCAUCCCAUACCACCUGUGUGAUGAAGAUGCCAUUCGAAAAGCAGUAAAACAUUCCAGUGUAGUGAUAAACCUAGUUGGACGAGAUUGGGAAACCAUGAACUUCAAGUUCCCACAGGUACACAUUGAGGGUGCAGCACGUUUAGCCAGGAUUAGCAAGGAAAUGGGUGUAGAGAGGUUUAUCCAUGUGUCUGCUUUGAACUCCAACAUUGAGCAUGAGGGCUAUAUACUGAAGGGAGGCUCCCAGUAUUUGAAGACAAAAGGACUUGGCGAACAAGCUGUGCGUGAUGCUUUCCCAGAGGCUAUAGUCUUCCGGCCCAGUGAUGUUUAUGGUCAGGAGGAUAGAUUCUUGAGGUAUUAUGUUGGGUUGUGGAGACGACAGGGAAAGUUUGUGCCUUUGCCCAAGGGAGGUAAAGACGUUUGGAAACAGCCUGUAUAUGUGGGAGACAUGGCACAAGGAAUUGCUAAUGCUGUGAAAGAUCCUUUAGCUGUGGGAAAGACAUAUGAAGCAGUUGGGCCUCGCCGAUAUGAACUUAUUGAGUUGAUAGACUGGUUCAACCGGGUGAUGAGAAAGACCCCCGAGCAGGGGUAUGCAUGUUAUGACAUGAAGUGGGAUCCAUUGAUUAAGAUAAAGGCUCAGCUGACGGAAUACCUCCCCUCAUGGCCUGCAAAUUAUCUGACACGUGACAAGAUUGAGAGAGUAAGAAGCAGUUCCGACACAGUGACGGGACUUCCAACUCUUGAGGACCUUGGUGUAACCUUGACUAAAAUGGAAGAUCGAAUUGAAUGGGAACUGCGUCCAUUUAGGGCCAGGUCAUACUAUGAGGAGGAGAUUGGGGAAUUUGAACCCCCAAAACCACCAACCUACAUUGCAGCACAUUGAAUGCAUACUUUCUAUUUUGUUCUUGCCUUGUAGGAGUGGAAGUUUUGAGCAGGUAAAGAGAAACUUUUGUGUAAUACAUAAUUUCUUAUAGAAAUAUUUAUUUGAACACUACAUUGUAAAUAGUCUUGUACAUGUAAAAGUGUUAAAAAUAUGGUGUAACAAUAAAUUGUCUUAAAAC